AUGGCCUCAUCAAGAUUUCAACUUGUUGCCCUUCUUGUCAUCUUCUCUCUCGUUAUUACUGCCCAAUCUGAAAUAGAAAGGGAAGAAAUGGACGGACCAUGCCGUUUGAGAGGAACAUGCAAUGAGGACAGCGACUGCGACGCCUAUUGCCACAAAAGCACCGACCCUGUAGCCAUGGACGGCCACUGCCUCCUUGACAGACCCACCCCCGUAUGCUGCUGCCUCUUUGAUUAA